GAGACGUAGACACAGACACAGAGAGAGGAAGCACUGUAUGGUCUUACUGUCAAGUAAAAACAACAGGAAUGAUCCUACUUUUUAACAGAAAACUGCCACAGUUUUCCAUUUGACAGGAUAAUUCUUAUUUAAAGUCACUCUUUGUUUACCUGCUUGGGGAGCAGCUUAACUGUUGCGCUGGACCUGUUGCGGAAAACACAGGGCCGGAGGAGGGGCACCAGGAGGAGACGGGCUGCUGCCGGGUCCAGCAGGAAGCUUGAGCGCAGGCUCCGCGGGGUCAUGAGGACGGCCAGGCGGGCCAGCAAUGUGGAGGUGCCCUCCUUCCUCCGCCAGCUGGUCAAAGAGACGGAGAAGAUGGUCACUUUCUUCUUCAAAGGGGGGGCCAGGGAAACGGAGACCGGGGAGGAGGACAAUUCGGAUGAGGACGACUCCAUGCCGAGCCCGUACCUGGAGCGUCCCAUCUUGGAGAAGCAGGUGUCAGAGGGGGGCUCCGAUUCGGGGUUGAACUAUGCCGUGGCGAGCAUGCAGGGCUGGAGGGCUCAGAUGGAGGAUGCCCACACCUGCAUGCCUCGGCUGAGAGGAGAGCUGACGGAGUGGGGAUACUUUGCUGUUUUUGAUGGACAUGCAGGCACCACAGUGGCACAGUACUGCUCCAGAAACCUGCUGGAUCACGUCCUGGCGACAGGUGGGAUUAAAGCCAACGAGGACCCCGAGCAGGUGAAGGAGGGCAUCCGUGAAGGCUUCCUGGACAUCGACCGCCACAUGCACAAACUGGCUCGCCAGGACAACUGGGACCGCAGUGGCUCCACUGCGGCAGCUGUCAUGAUUUCACCGCGCUACAUUUACUUUAUCAACUGCGGGGACUCCCGCACCCUGCUCUGCCAUAACGGCCAGGUGGUCUUCUACACGGAGGACCACAAGCCCUUCAACCCCAGAGAAAAGGAGCGUAUCCAGAACGCCGGAGGAUCGGUGACCCUGCAGAGAGUCAACGGCUCGUUGGCCGUCUCCAGAGCGCUGGGGGACUUUGACUUCAAGGAGGUGGACUGGAGGCCACAGACAGAGCAGCUAGUGUCACCGGAGCCAGAGGUGUACGAGCUGGAGAGGAGGCCUGGAGACGAGUUCCUCAUUCUAGCAUGUGACGGUGUGUGGGACGCCAUUGGCAAUGAGGAACUGUGCGCCUUCGUGCGCAGCCGCAUGCAGGUGUGCGAUGACCUGAGGGAGAUUUGCACCCAAGUCAUUGACCUCUGUCUCUAUAAGGGCAGCUUGGACAACAUCAGCAUCAUCAUCGUCUGCUUCCCCGGCGCCCCCCAGGUGUCGCAGGAGGCGCUGCAGCAGGAGGCAGAGCUGGAGCAACAGAUUGACGUCAAAGUGGAAGAAAUCAUCCAGAUGAUGAGGUCCAGAGAUGAGGACCCUGACCUCCUGUAUGUCAUCAAAUUCCUGGCUGCAGAAGAGAUGCCCGGGCUCCCACCAGGAGGAGGCAUCACCAGCAAGCGAGACUGUAUCAUCUCUGCGUACCAGAAACACAUCAUGACUCUCAGAUCUCAGGAGCCAAUGGACAUCGAGGGAUCGGAGGAGGACUCAAACUAAAGCCGUUACCGUGGAAACUAAGUCAUCGGCAGCCUCGCCAUCUCCAUGGAGACCAUCUUAAAUGGGAAACUUUAGAUGAGCACUACGCUAAGGAAGGAUUCUCUGUUUAAUAUAUUCUAUUUGAGCAUUUACUUUCCGGUUAAUAAAA